AUGGACAAAAAGGUCAUUGAGGACAAGGUGGAGGACUUUUAUUACCUCUCCCGCUCCGCUCUCGUUAAAGACGAGCGCAACCUUGAUAAGUUCGACCGCGUCUUUUCCCAUGUGUUCAAGGGAUUGGAUUCGCUUGAAGAAGGCGACAUCGCCCAGAUUCCAGAGGAAUGGCUGAAAUCGCUCACUGAGAAAUUCCUGACCGACGAAGAAAAAGCCCAGAUCGAAGCUCUGGGUGGUUGGGAAAAGAUCAUGGAAGAGCUGCAAAAGCGGCUCGAAGAGCAGGAAAAGCGCCACGAAGGCGGCAAUAAGUGGAUCGGUACUGGGGGCACCUCGCCCUAUGGCGCUGAUGGCUACAAUCCUGAAGGCGUGCGUAUCGGCCAGAAGGAAGGCCGCCAUGGCAAAGCCGUUAAAGUCUGGGACAAGCGCGAAUACAAAAACCUGGACGAUGGCGUUGAGAUCGGCACCCGGAACAUCAAGAUGGCGCUUCGCCGUCUCCGCCGGUUUGCGCGCCAUGGGCAGCCAACCGAGCUUGAUCUGGACGACACGAUCAAAUCGACCGCACAUCAGGGCUAUCUCGACAUCAAGAUGGUCCCAGAGCGGAAGAAUAAGAUCAACGUCCUGAUCUUCUUCGAUAUUGGCGGUUCCAUGGACAGCCAUAUCAAACUCUGUGAAGAACUCUUCUCCGCCGCGCGGACAGAGUUCAAGAACAUGGAGUAUUUCUACUUCCAUAACUGCCUCUAUGAGCAUGUCUGGAAGGACAAUAAACGUCGCCAUCAAGAGCGGAUGGACACCUGGGAUGUGCUCCACAAAUACCCUUCAGACUACAAAGUGAUUUUUGUCGGCGACGGAACUAUGUCCCCCUAUGAAAUCACCUAUGCAGGCGGGUCCGUGGAGCACUGGAACGAAGAGCCCGGCGCCAUUUGGCUAGAACGCAUUCAGCAGAUCUAUGAAAGCGCCAUCUGGUUGAACCCGGUCGCAGAGCGCCAUUGGGAAUACACCCCGUCUAUCCAGGUGAUCGAACAGGUCUUCCAGGACCGCAUGUUCCCCCUCACCCUGGAAGGGCUGGAUAACGCCAUGAAGGAACUUUCCCGGGCGUCUUAA